AUGAAGGCGCACCUCGCCGAGUUUGCGAACGCGAAUCUGUUCGGCACGUCCUUCCGCGGCGCCACCAUCACCGACUCCAUCUUCGACCACGCGAACAUCGACCGCGCCGACUUUCGCGGCGUCGUGGGCUUUGAGAAGGCGUCCUUCCUCAUGGUGCAAGGCGUCCCCGUCACGGAUGCCUUUGGGAACGCCGUCCUUGCCACGGGCGCGAUUGCCGUGGUGUUUGAGAAUUGGAGAAUGGUCUUCUACACCGAGACCGUGCGUUCUGACUUCUGUCUCUAG